CCCUUGGAACGCUGCUCUGACCGCCAUUUUUCUUGAUAGAAAAUUCAUGAACAUUUGAAAAACCUCUGUAGUUUUGGUAUUUCAUGGUGGUUUACACCGAGGAAUCAGGGGCUUGAGGCAUCAUGGCUGCCGAGAAAACAACCAUUCCGACAGUGGUGGAGAUGGAUGAGCAAAUACUGAAUGAGUCUCAGAUAAUCCUUGAGCAAGUAGAAGGCACUGAAGUCACAGAGACACAGACAGCAGGUGGUAUCAUCAACAUUACAAAUGAUGAGACUGGCAACAUCAUCAUGCAGAUCCAGGAUAAUGCCACGACUUCUGAUGACCAUGCCAUGAUGACCACCUACAACAUCAAUGAGGUACAGGCUGGGGAAAAUAUGAUGGAAUUUGCACAAGCCCUCAGCGAACUCCAAGCAAGUGAACAGCUUUUGGAAUUCGCAAACACGGCUCAUGAACAACAGGGGAAGAUACUUAUUAACAUGCAAGAUGGUGAGGAGCAGCAGAUUCCCAGCACAGUCAAAGACAUUCAGUCUGAAGUACAGAUGAUACAGAUUCCAUCAAUGAAUAUUGGAGUCGGUGAUAAACAGAAAGCUGUGACCAUCCCUAGCACGGUGAUGGAUAUACAGGGAGUGUCGGACGGUCUCACACAAAUGCCUGUCAUUAUCACUGAUCACAAGGGAGAUAAACAAGUGGUGGAAGUCAUACAGCCCAAAUCCGACCAUACAGUGGAGACUGUCCAGGUACAUACCACACAGGCGACAGAGGAGGAGAACUCUGUUGGAACCAGUUUACUACAGGGCAUCAACAUACAGCAUUUAGAGGAGGCGUUAACUGACAAACAAAUCGUGAUCGAUGGCCUUGCACCAAAUACUUAUCAAAAUCUGCGAUCUGAAAUUCUCGAAGAUGGCACAAUCCAGUUGUACAUGGUGGAGGAUUCAAAUAGGGAAGGAGGUGAUCAGAACAUGGCCACUUUAGAAGAUGGGACUUUCUACAUUCACGAGAGGACUGACAAACGAGAUUCCGGUAUGCAAACAGCAAUGAUGUCCAUAAAAGCCAAGCAGUACCGUGAUGUGGCUACACAGAUCACAUGCUUCCCAAAGUUUACCAGACAGGGUCUGUUUGACGUGGCCAUUCAGGUGAGCAGUAAGGACAUCCGCCGUAAUCCACUUAAAAUAUCUGCCGGUAAACACCUCCCUAAUGGUACAAAGAUAAUCCAGAAUAACAUCAAGACUCAGAAUGAAAGCACAGUGGUACUCAAUGCAGGUGAUGCAUCUCAGCUUAUCUUUCAUAAGUGUAACAUCUGUGGUAAGGUGUACAAGAACAAGCUUAACUGGACAAAUCACAUCCGAUGUCACUCUGGGGAAAAGGUUUACAUGUGCUGUCACUGUGGGAAGGUGUAUCAGAAGGGCAGUCUGGCUUCACAUCUUCGCACCCACUCAGAACUCCGACAGAUCGCAGUGUUUGAGAAUCUGCCUGAUGAUAUGAAGAGGAAAAAUCACAAGUCUAUUCCUGGUCUGAAAUUCCCCAAUCAAGAGGCCUCUAUCAUUGAGUUAACUAUUGCUGACGUUACUACUGAGAUUGAUGAAAGUUUGUUCCCACCUCCAGCUGCUGUUCCAGCGAUACCUGGCUCUGAUCUACCACAGCUUUCUCCGUCAGAGGAAGUAUAUGCAGAUGCUGACAUCCCUGCGAAAAUGGAGGUAGAGGCUGAAGCAGAGAUUCAGGAAGGCACAGCUAAAACCAAAUACAUCUACAAAUGUAAUAUCUGUGGGAAGGAGUACAACAACAAGAGCAACUGUCAUCGUCAUCUGAAGUCACACACCAUGGACAAGAACUACAAGUGUGGGUACUGUGGCAAGGCCUUCACACACAGAUAUGAGGUGCGCAUGCACUGCCGCAUACAUACAGGAGAAAAGCCAUUUCGCUGUCCAAUUUGUACACGAGGAUUCAAUGAAAGUGGUAACCUUCGUCGUCACAUGAAGAUCCAUGUUAGUGAUGACUCUCCAUAUAAAUGUGGUGUCUGUUUUAAAGGUUUUGACCACAUAGUACGACUAAAUGCCCAUGCCAAAGUUCACACAGGGGACAUAGUAUGUGAUACAUGUAACCGGAAGUUCAGCAAGAUUUCAGACCUAUACCGCCACAUCAAGAUACACACAGGGGAUCGACCUUUCAAGUGCGAGUUCUGUGAAAAAACUUUCUGCCAAAAAGUUAACCUACAGUCUCACAUGCGCACACACACAGGCAUGAAGGCAUUCCGCUGUAAGUAUUGUGGCCUAGGCUUCAGCCGUAAGACUAUCCUUCAGGCCCAUGAGAAAACUCAUGAAGAGGGUGAGGAAGAUGAAGGAACAGUGGAACGGGCAGCUGUGAGGAUUGGUAAAGACCAGAUAGAAGUACUAGAAGCAGAGGUCAUAGAACAUAUGGACGAGGAAUCAGAGGAAGUUGUCGAGGAAUGUAUCGAGGUGAUCACAGCUGAGGAUAUUAUUGAGGAAGUGGAGGAGGGGGAACCUUGUGUGGAGGAGGGAGAACCUUGUGUGGAGGAGGAGGAACCUUGUGAAGACAAGGGUACACAGAUGGGGUGAGAAGUUGAUAGGGGAGACAAUCAUUGACAGAAUUAUAUAGACUUAGUAAACAGGAUGACUCGAGGAAGAAAAUGCGGUGAUUGAGUGAGAGGAAGAAGAGGGUGAUGAAGGUGAUGAAGGUAGUGAUAAGGUUUGGAUUGAAAAGAUAACUGAUACAGGUGGACUGGUGUGUGCAUUAUGAAAGUGUAACUCUUUUGAUAUUGGUGAGAGUCAGGAUCUAUUUUAAAGGGAGGAAAUGUCAACAGAUAGAUAUAGGAUUUGGGUGUCGGGUUGGUUGUAUGGAAAUGUAAACAGAUCUGAAUCAAUUAGUAGUUUGGGUUGUGUGUGAUAAAGGAAAAAAGGAAAUUAAAAUAAUUUUGAGAUCAGGUAUAUAUUUUACAUUAAUUUAUAUACAUUUUUAUUAUUCAAAUCUAAGAUAAUUUUGAUUGAUUUUUGAGAUAAAGUUUGCAGGUGUACUUAUUACUUAAUAAUAAAGUAGAAUUUGCCUACCUGUAAUUGUGUAUAAUGGCCAAUUAGGUACCUGGCUCCAGUAUUCAUCACAUUUUACAUUGUCUGCCUCAAGCUCAGCUAGAUUUUAAUCCUAAACAAUGAAGCUAUAUCUACUGGGAAAUAAAACCCAGUGUGAGGCAGAAUGAGACUCCAAAUAUUUGUGAGAUUAUGAUUUGGACUGCUCCAAGAAAGGAGAAACUACAUAGCUAUCAAUUACCCUGGCCGUACAGUGUUAAUAUGUGGUCAUGAUCAUGAUGAUCAUCAUCCAACAUAUUAUGUUUUAAAUUCUUAGACAUUUCUUUUAACAUUUGUAUAUAUAUAUAUUUCAGUUGAUUUCAAUAAUUCACAUUUGUUCCAGAGGGCGUGUUAUGAUGUCCCCAUUCCACGGGUCUAUACAUCUGUAAUUUGUAUAUAUUCAUGUAUAUAACAUGCCAUAUCCCUGUGAUUUGUUCCACAUCCUUGCUCAGUGUAUAAAGUAGUUAAAGUUUUAAUUUGUUGUAGUAUUUGUAUAUAUGGAACAUUGUAUCUUAUUGUUUUGAGGUCUGUUAACUUUGCCUUGUUGAUUUUUGCUAGAGUUAAAAGUAUUUUUACAAAUGAUACAAAAUGAAAUUAAAUUAUUCAGCCUUUCUCCAAAAAUGUUCACUACACAUCAACACAGAAAUCUACAGUAUUUAUCCUGGAAUCUUCCACCCAUGUCUAUUUCCUCUCACUAAAAAUGAUAGCAAAUGAAAUUUAUUGUUCUGUAAUAAGUCUUCCCCAGACGUUGACUCAACAUUUUUGUGAUGGCCCCCUUUGAUUAUUACAGGAUAAAUACUGUAUGUAUAAUACAUGUAGUAGUACAUACACUUAUAAAUGAUAAGAGUUGUGGUGAUGUAGAGAAGUUAUGUUCACCUGUACGUGUAUCACAUACAGAACUGUGUUCACUGUUUCUAAGUUGUAUUCCUACAAUAAAUGUUGAUAUUAAUUACACUUUCUAA